UUCAGUGUGUGUGUGAUGCGUCUGCGAGGUUCGUGGUCUAGCUGGGGGACCCUGGCGGUCUCUGCUGCUGCUGUGCUCCUGGUAGCAGCCCUGGUCCUGGCACUGGUGCUCAUCUUCACACAACUAAAGGGGCAGAGUGCGGAUGGUGAAGUGGUGUCGACCAAUCCCCUGGACUUGUUGACUGGAGAUGGACUGCCUCGUGGUCUACCCACAACCCCCACCAACCACAGUCAGAGGGACAGUAUAGUGGCCCCACAGCCAGCCAGAUACCCUACCCCUGAAACUAGAUGUGGGGGUGUAUUGACAGACUCAGAGGGUAGCUUUAGCUCCCCCAACCACCCUGGGUCGUAUCCCCCAGACUCUCUCUGUGUCUGGGUGAUACGGGCGCGCCCCCCAUCCCUGGUCCAGAUCCAUGUGUCCUCUCUGACCAUAGAAGGACCGUCCCCCUGCCUCUUUGACUGGCUGGAGCUUCAGGAGGAGAUGGAGCAACCUUCUGUUGUCACCAGGUUCUGUGGCAACGUGGCACCCCCUACUGUAAACACCAACAGCAGCACUGUGUGGGUGACCUUUCACUCUGACGGGAGCAUCGGAGGCAGAGGCUUCACUGCCCAGUACCACGCCAUCACACCUGAACAGAAGAGCUGCUCCAGGGAGGAGUUUAUGUGUGACCACGGGCGCUGCGUCCUGCCUGUGUCAGUGUGUGACGGUCAGCCCCACUGUCAUGACCUCUCUGAUGAGGCCAACUGCAGCCACAAGCACAAAGAGUGUGGGGGCCAAAAGACUGGACCCUACGGCUACCUGGCAACUCCAAACCACCCAAAACCUUACCCUCAUCAACAGUUGUGCACAUGGCGGAUCUCUGUUGAGGAGGGUCAUGUGAUCAGGCUGAGUUUCCUCAACUUCAGUCUGGAGACCCAGGACGUGUGUGAGUUUGACUAUGUGGAGGUGCAUGACAGUGCUGACAGCGGGACCGGCAGAGUACUCGGACGGUAUUGUGGCACUAGCGUGCCUCCUGAGCUGACCUCCUCUGGGCCCCAGAUAACCGUGGUGUUUGUGGCUGACGAGGGUGUAGCAGACAGUGGCUUCAACGCUUCCUACCAGGCCAUCUCCCUUUCCGAGAGAACAUGCAGUCCUCCUCAGUUUGCCUGCAGCAGUGGGGAGUGCCUGCACCAGGAGUGGCUGUGUGAUGGCUGGACUGACUGUGCAGACGGGACAGAUGAGCACGACUGUGACAACUCAACCUAUCCCCCUUUCAGCUCGUCCUGUGAGCCCAUUGAGGUGGAAAUGUGCCAGGGCCUGAGCUACAACCUCACCUCCUUCCCUAACAUCUGGCUGUCCAUUGCUGACCAGAGAGAGGCAGCCACGCUGCUCCGCCAGUACAUGGUGCUGACGGAGCUGGCGUGUUUCCAGCCUCUGCGCCGGCUGGUGUGUGGGAUGUUCAUGCCCCACUGCAGCCCUCAGGGUGGGGUGCUGCAGCCCUGCCGGUCAGUGUGCUCCUGGGCAGAGCAGCAGUGUAGUCAGGCCCUGGACGUAUUCACCUUCAGUUGGCCCUUCAACUGCCACCUGCUGCCUGACUCCCAAGACCCUAUGGAGUGCUCCAGUCCCUGAUGCCUCUGUAGCUUAGCACUUGCCCCCCUGAAUGUGCUCCAGUACAAUCAUAGUAAUGAGAGGAAUCCAACACAGGACUGACUAGAAGAACUCUUAAGAAUACCAUCAAAGCUCCAAUCUUUUCAAGGAACCUCAGAGACAUGCAAUAAAGAAUCACAAUGUUGCACUCUGCCGACUCAAUAUGGUGCUAGCUUUGUACAGCAUAAUACAGAUGUAUGGAACAGAACUGGUUGGAGUUUACGUGGGAAUAGAAAAUAAAUGUACAUAUUAACAAAAGCAUUAUGGAAUUUGACAUACUGUAGCUUGAUGUUUUGCAAA